AAGGUCCUGCAUUGAUAUUUGGAUGAACCCAGAUCAAAGUGUGAUGACCAAAGUAUGAAAAAUGACGGUUGCUGGUACAUUGAUAACGUUUGAUCAUAAAGUCACUGGCUUUUAGUGAUGGGAUGUUAGGAUCUUUUGACUCAUUUCGUUCUUUAGAUUCAGUAAUGCCGAGAGCAUGCAGGACCACCCCCUACCGGUGAAUGAUUAUCUAAAAACUUGAAAGAAUCAUGAUUCUACAAGCAUCUUGUUCACAAUGGGGGGCAUAUUGGAGCUGUCAUUUAUGACUGAGACGGAUAAAAGUGUGCUUCAAACAAUGUACAUUUGUGACUCACAACUUGAAUUCGGUCUUAUGUAGCAAAAUUUUAAGUUCUGUAUUUUACAUUGGAUAAAAUGAAAGGCUCAGAGCUACAAAAUGAUAUAUCAUACACUGCAUUUGAGGAAACGAUGGGAAAGAAAUUCUGCUUUAAAAGUUGAUCAACUUGUAAAUUCGCUUUGACAAAACUCUUUCAAUGUUUUGGUACUAGUAUUGGAGAGCCCUUUGUCUACGCCCAUUCAGCAUUGUUCACACCCUCUUAAGCCUUAGCCCCACCCAUCUCUUUAAGGGUUGAUCCAAGCGUGCUGUACUAACUUGCCAGUUACUUCCAGACAUUUGAGGGAGAACAGCUCACUAAACAUUACUCGCCCUAGCAGAGCUGGUUAGUCUGGUAUGUUAUCCAGAGCAUUGGUGACUGCAACUGUGCUGUCAGAUUGUCCGUAAAUGCAGAGCGUUUCGCGUUCAGAGCGCACACCGGACUCUCUGGCCAAUAAAUAGGGUUGAUCCGAAAGCUCUAACCUCACAAUGACAUGUCAUGCUUUAGAAGCUUCUGAUAGGCUAAUUGACAUCAUUUGAGUCAAUUGGAGGUGUACCUGUGGAUGUAUUUCAAGGCCUACCUUCAAACUCAGUGCCUCCAUGCUUGACAUCAUGGGUAAAUUAAAAUAAAUCAGCCAAGACCUCAGAAAAAAUUGGUAGACCUCCACAAGUCUGGUUCAUCAUUGGGAGCAAAAACGCCUGAAGGUACCACGUUCAUCUGUACAAACAAUAGUACGUAAGUAUAAACACCAUGGGACCACGCAACCGUCAUAACGCUCAGGAAGGAGACGCGUUCUGUCUCCUAGAGAUGAACAUACUUUGGUGCGAAAAGUGCAAAUCAAUCCCAUAACAACAGCAAAGGACCUUGUGAAGAUGCUGGAGGAAACAGGUACAAAAGUAUCUAUAUCCACAGUAAAACGAGUCUUAUAUUUAAGGAAACUGGGCGUAUGUUGCCAUGUCACUACUUCACAGGAGAGCCAUUUGAACGUAAAAGUUUUAUUUUGAUAAAAAUGCAUUUUAUGGCAGAAAUGCCUUCUGGAACAUGUGAACUUUCAUGUGCCUUAAUAACAAACUUGUAUGCCUUCUGUAAAUACGAAUAAAAUUGUUAAAAUUACAAGCCUAGUUGGUUUAGCCACAGAAAAAGAGGGCAACAUUCCCGCUAGCCAUGAUUGGCUGAGAUAAUGAAUGGGCUGGACAUGUCGAGAGAUGAGUUUGAAUUGAUCUGCCAUGUAGAACGCGUCUGUCUAUUUCAUCUGGUCAGUAUGUGUAGCUAAUCCUGUCUAACAAGGCUUUAAAAAAUAUAUAUUGCAUAGUAGAACUGCAUGAUGGCGCUGGAGGAGAUGGCUGCCGGUUACUGGCCCAACGCUCUAACAACAGGGCUGGGCGUUGGAGAGCUUUGUACGAGUCUCUGUGUGUGGAGUAAAGGUGGUGUAGUGAGUGAGUGAGCUUUUUCCCUCUGGCUGCACAUUUAACAUGUUGGAUUUAAGUUUCCCUGCAUUAAAGUACCUGGCUACUAUUAGCACCGCCUCUGGAUAAGCAUCUUCUUGUUUGCUUAAGGCCGUAUACAGCUCAUCAAGACAAAGGAGAUGGUUGUGGACUACAGGAAAAGGAGGACUGAGCACACGCCCAUUCUCAUCCACGGGGCUGUAUUGGAACAGGUUUAGAACUUCAAGUUCCUUGGUGUCCACAUCACCAACAAACUAUCAUGGUCCAAACACACCAAGACAGUUGUGAAGAGGGCACAACAAAGCCUAUUCCCCCUCAGGAGAUUGAAAAGAUUUGGCAUGGGUCCUCAGAUUCUCAAAAAGCUCUACAACUGCACCAUCGAGAGCAUCCUGACUCGUUGCAUCACUACCUGGUAUGGCAACUGCUAGGCCUCCGACAGGAAGGCACCACAGAGGGUAGUACGUACGGCACAGUACAUCACUGGGGCCAAGCUUCCUGCCAUCCAGGACCUCUAUACCAGGUGGUGUCAGAGGAAGGUUACCCACCACUGCGACCUGUAUGCUUUUGUUGGCUGGCCCUCACUUCAUAUCCGUUGCCAAACCCACUGGCAUCAGGUCAUCUAUAAGUCUUUCCUAGGUAAAGCCCCACCUUAUCUCAGCUCACUGGUCACCAUAACAAUACCCACCCGUAGCACCCGCUCCAGCAGGUAUAUUCCACUAGUCAUCCCCAAAGCCUGACACAGCCAGUCUUUAAAUAGCACACCCGACUACCUCAUCCCCAUAUUAUUACGUACCCUCUUACACUUUUGCAGCCCAGUAUCUCUACUUGCACAACAUCAUCUGCACAUAUAUCAAUCCAGUAUUAAUGUUAAAUUGUAAUUAUUUUAGCCUCUAUGGCCUAUUUAUUGCCUACCUUCUUACUCUUCUACAUAUACUCUUGCACACACUAUACAUCAAUAGAAAAAUCUUUAUUUUCUUUUGUGUUAUUGACUGUACGUUUGUUUAUGUGUAACUCUGUUGUUUUUGUCGCACUGCUUUGCUUUAUCUUGGCCAGGUCGCAGAUGUAAAUUAUAACUGGUUCUCAACUGACCUACCUGGUCAAAUAAAGGUGAAAUAAAAAAAAAUUAAAGGCCCUAAGAAAACUCCAGCCACGGCAAGUGGCACCGAAGCGCCAAGUCUAGAUCCAUAAGACUUAUUAACAGCUUCUACCCCCAAUCUUGAUCUUCAGCUUCAACAUCUCAAUUUUCAUAUUUUCAGUUGUAUGGUCAGGGGGACUUGAUACAGACUUUAAAAUUCAAACAAAGGGCAUUCGUCACAACGUUAUAAGGUAUUCUACAGAACAAUUGUUUAAAGAUGUCAUUAAACAAUACAAACACACUGACCAACAGAUGAGGCAGGACUUGGUUGUCCUAGGGAGGGAGUCUGACCCUCUUGUCCUAAAGGUGAAAGUUCUCUGUCCCUUACUUUAAAACAAAACUUUAAAGAUGCCAUUAAACAAUGCAAAUAAACUUACCGACAGAGGAGGCAGGACUUGGUCCUAGGGAGAGAGUCUGACCACCUUGUCCUACAGUAAAGGGAGAAACAAAGAGAACAUUCAGGCUAAUGUCAGCCAACAGAUUGGCUACAGCAGGGAUCCCCAACCAACUUUUUAUAGUUUAUAGCAUGGCUGAAGCACAGAUCUGUGAUACACAAAAACAGGUCAGAUAACCAUUCUUUCCUCCAUAAUAUUGAAAACACAAAUAAUCAAGAUCAAUUUAGAGCCUACCUACUGUAAUAACAUGGGUGUAAAACAUGGGUGAGGCAUUAGUAUGUAUGGGUCGAUCUGUGUUCACUGAUCCAUAGUCAGUAAUGUCCAAGCGCAACAGCACUACCUGUGUGCUGAACAGGUAUUUUCCAUGAACGGCCCUGCAUGCUUAUUACCUGUGUCAUAGAUUUAGUAUGAAUGGGUCUGACACGGGUAAAACCCACUUGAAAUAUACAGGGUAAAACCCUGGUUAUUGGUGUGAAAGGGGGUAAGUAUUUGCAUGGGGCGAGGCUCCCACCACCCUCUCUGAUCAAUUUGUUGUUGCUGCACUUCUGAACUGAAAUAUGAACUGAAGCUUAUAAAAGGUUCUACCUACUAGCUACCACUUUGCAGUGUCAAUAUUACAGACUCGUCACAUAAACAAUAUCAAUUAGCCAACAGUCUGGUGCUUUGGUCGGUCAGAUAUUAAACGUUUUUCCAAAACUAAUUGUAUUUUUUGUUUCCACUGGAACCAAAAAUUAUGAUGAAUCAAGCAAUACUUACCGACUACUUACAUAAUCUACAGCAACCACAGUUGGUUCCUGUAUCUCUUGCUUAGGGAUCUCGACAACUACCACUUCGGUUAUGGCAUCAUCCUCUCCUGUCGAACCCAUCUUCUUGCAUUGUUUGCAAGUUCUUUUUAACCUGACAUUCUAUGAAUGAACAAAGAACACAUUUUCAAUGUAAACAGAAGUACCAUUGGAAAAUGUGUCAUGCACUCCAAAUGGAAUGCCUUAUAAAUGUGUGGGACAUACAAACAUGGUUUGCAGAAUCCCUAAGGGUCUAACAAACUCAUCUAAAUAGGUACUAAACUGUACUUUUAUGUAAUUGCAGGUAUUCAUUCUAGCUAUGGUACAACACUACAUAAUAAUUCUAAGGCCAAUUAUUCCUACAGGUUUUACUGUAGGAAUGCAUACGUAAUUAAAUAUAUACAGUAAUAGCUCCUAUGUGAUAUGUAGACAUUGUAUAUCAUUUUGGUAGUCUUAGGUUAUUAUGUGGAAAUUGGUAUAUCACUUCUUAAGUAAAUACAAUGUUGGUAACAACUUCUAAUGAGCAAGCUAGAGCUAUGGCAUACAACUAGCUAGCAAGCUAAAGCAACCAGCUUGUCUAGCAAACAGUAACUACCAGCAUAUGGUUUGGCUAAGCUAACCUUAGCUAGCACCACACUGGCAGUAGACUAGCCUAGCUAGUAACAUUAACCUUAGUUAGCUUAUUAACUGAGGUUGCUUGCUAGCUAGCUAACUAGGCCACUGCACAGGCUAGUUACUUUAUGAAGGACAUCUACAUUAGAUCCAUACUAUUAUAUUAAGCACAUGGCCAAGCUAUAGCCAGGCUAAACAUGGCAAAUGGCUAUACAUUGCCAAGCUAUAGCCAGGCUCCUAGCUAAUGAUAUUAUAAUGUAAUUAGCUAGCUACAUGCUGUAGUUAGGUAGCCAUAAAAAAGUUAGCUGACAGUUGGACAACCAAUGUAAGCUGGCUGGCCUAACAACCACUGUCAGCAAACUGGCUUAUCCUGCUAUGACAACGAUUAACAUGCCUUUUGUAUCUGUUACAUUAUUAACUAGAUAAUAAAGCAAGUGAAUAUAGUAUAAUUCACAAAAUACAACUAGCUAGCUACUGUUUGUAUAAACCAGCUAAAUACAAGCUAUGUCACUUAGUCCUUAGCUAACAUUAGCUAGCUAGCUACAGUGUCUAGGUAGCAAUGUUGCUAAUGACAGGCUGGGACCGAGAGCAAGAUGGUCCCACAAAAGGUACCUUACUUGCACUGAGAUGUCACAUGAAACACACUGAUUAUCAAUUUUUUUUUUUUUUUUACUUAAGCAGGCAAGUCAGUUAAGAACAAAUUCUUAUUUACGAUGACUGCCUACACUGGCCAAACCUGGACAACGCUGGGACAAUUUGUGCACUGCCCUAUGGGACUCCCAAUCACAGGUGGUUGUGAUACAGCCUGGAUUCAAACCAGGGUGUCUGUAGUGACACCUCGAGCACUGAGAUGCAGUGCCUUAGACUGCUGCGCCACACGGGAGCCCCUGAUUUCAAUUCAAUGUUUGAACUACAAAUACUACUAUUUGUUUCCUCGGUUGUCCUUGGUCAACGUUCACUGUCACUGUGCUUUUGUCUUUCAACAACAUGAGAACAAGUGUGAAUUUUGUUUUGCUGAGUAACAUUACUACAAUUUCCUGCACGUGGGUAUUUCACAACAAUUUCUACAAUUUCCAGCUGGAUACAAAUUUAAACUCUUAAAGUAAGCGCCCAAAUCAAAUACUGUUUUUACCUGACCCAAGGAUUUUGAAUUGAACAUGGCUCGUGUGCUAAGUGAUAUAUUGUCAGCAAAAAAACUACAAAAAAGCUAAAAAGAAAGGUUAUCAAAUACCUCCAGAAGAAAGGCCUGCUCAAGAAAUCUGUGAGGCAUACGUGCAAAGAUGGAUACAUAUGGUAAGUUAAUGUUACAACUGAUAUUGAUUGGCCUAGAGAACUUUGGGAAAGUUUGAAAUGAGGAGUACUGUACUGUAAGAAAUGUUUGAAUAUGUAAAUGGUGCAGAGCUUAUUGAGCUAGUCUCAUAGGUUCUAGGCAUAUACACUUCUAGGCAUGUAACAUAAAUGGAACAGAGUUAAAGAUGUGGUUUCCAUAUGUCUAAUACCAUUCCAUUUAUUUCAUUCCAGCCAUUACAAUGAACCCGUCCUCCUAUUGCUCCUCCUACCAGCCUCCUCUGAUGGUGACUCAUAUAUUAUUUCACCAGCUGGAACAUUUCUAAAAAUGUGGCUAUGAACAUGCAUUGAAGAGAACUAUCUAAGCUUUCCAGUGGCCAGUGUCCUUCAUAAUUGUGUGUGUGCUACUCUAGAGAUUGCAUUUCCAGUCUCUCUACAAGGGCUCACGCUCCUCUGUGUUCCGGUUGCAUUCCAACUCUGGGCACUGGACUGCAAGCCCAUGUAGAGCAAGUGAAGAGCUUAGGAGACGCACACCCUUCAAGUCUACCUUUGGCCUGCAGCCUACCACUCAAGAUGUUUCAUGUCUGUCUGGAAAGCUGUUCUUCUAUUUCCAACCAUGUGGAUGUAUUCCAACUGCUACUGAAAAGAAUUUGUCAAAACAAGAGGAGGCAUCCGGAAGGAUUCAAUGUUUAGCCCUUCUCAGGUUUCACUUACGGUUCUGGUAACAUUUCUUAAUCGAUUUGCACAGGGGCUACACUUGAUAUUACAGAGGACUGCAUUGCACAGAGCUCAAGGACUGAGCUCCGUUCUCUGACAAGAAUGACGAGAAGCCUGAGAAAGUCAUAUUUGGGGAUAGGUUCCAAGACCAGCUCUUACCCAGAGUCACUGCUGCCACAAGACUACUGUGGAGCAGUCAGGUAUUUAUCCUCACUCGGCUACAAGUUUUUUCACACACAGGGUUGCACCGUUACACAUGGAACAACUUCACAUGGAUCCACAACCACAAGCAGCACUAUCCAGGCUCCAUACAGGCUGUCCUUCAUUAGCAAUCUGGUCCUUGACAUGAAAGCAAAGCUGCAGUGUGCCACAUUCAAGUUAAUGUUGAGUCUUAAAUUCCUGACUUUUCCUGCAUGGCUUCAUUAGAGAAUAAAGAAAGGACAGUCUUAGCAAUCAUAUGUUUCUUUGAUUUUAGCAUUGUUUUAAUAUACAGUGGGGCAAAAAAGUAUUUAGUCAGCCACCAAUUGUACAAGUUCUGAUGAUCCCAAACACACUGCCCGGGCAACGAAGGAGUGGCUUCGUAAGAAGCAUUUCAAGGACCUGGAGUGGCCUAGCCAGUCUCCAGAUCUCAACCCCAUAGAAAAUCUUUGGAGGGAGUUGAAAGUCCGUGUUGCCCAGCAACAGCCCCAAAACAUCACUGCUCUAGAGGAGAUCUGCAUGGAGGAAUGGGUCAAAAUACCAGCAACAGUGUGUGAAAACCUUGUGAAGACUUACAGAAAACGUUUGACCUCUGUUUUUUUCUCAUUUUGUCUGUCAUAGUUGAAGUGUACCUAUGAUGAAAAUUACAGGCCUCUCUCAUCUUUUUAAGUUGGAGAACUUGCACAAUUGGUGGCUGACUAAAUACCUUUUUGCCCCACUGUAUGUAUUAUGAUAUACACUGUAUUUACUUUGUGUAUAUAUUCCAGAAUGUCUAUUUAUUACUCAUAUGGUACCUUAAAAAAUAUUGUAAUGUUUCUUUAGUAACAUAAUUGCAACGUUGUUUGUAGACACAUCACAACUCUCAAAUAAACGUUCCAAAAUGUUCUUUGGAUAUUCACAAAGUAGUCUGACAUUCUGUACAUUUGAGGAACUUUUUGUGAACAUUACAAAUACUACUACAAUGUCACCAAAGUGUCCUGAUAUUCAGAACCUCCAAAGUACUUACUGAAAACUAACUAAUAUCCACAUGUAGUCAGAUAUACCACCACUUGAUAUACUGACAUUGUUCCAUAAUGUCUAUGUAUAAUGCAACUUUAGAUGUAGUUAUGCAUGGCUCUAUACCAAACGUUCUGAAUUAUUAUAUCACGACAUUGACCUGAAAUUUAGAACAUUGAAAGGACUAACUGAGAAUGUUAUGAAGGUUCCCAAAAUGUCAGCUUGACAGUACUCCCCCAAAGGUGUAGACCCUGACCGCAAAACCUGAACCUAUAUGGGGAGAGUUAGGGUGGGCAACUAGCGUCGGUGGCGGCUCCAGUGCAGGACGUAGCCCUCGCUCGGACUGUGGAUCCGGCCAUGAAGCCGGGCGCUGUGCCUGGACUGGGCACUGGGGCAGAGGCGGGCUCCGGCCAUGGAGCGAGACUCGAGGCCGUGCCUGGACUGAGCACCGGCGCGGAGGAAGGCUCUGGCCAUGGAGCGGGACUGAAGGCCAUGCCUGGACUGAGCACCGGCGCAGAGGAAGGCUCUGGCCAUGGAGGGGGACUGGACGCCGUGCUUGGACUGAGCACCGGCGCAGAGGAAGGCUCUGGCCAUGGAGGGGGACUGGAUGCCGUGCCUGGACUGGGCACCGGCGCAGAGGAAGGCUCCGGCCAUGGAUCAGGACUGGACGCCGUACCUAGACUGGGCAUCGGCACAGUGGAAGGCUCCGGCCAUGGCACCGGCGCAGGAACCAUCGGGUCGCGGAUCGUCUCCGGGCCGUGAACCAACACUGGAAGCUCUGGACCGUGAAUCGUCGCUGGAGACUCCAGACUGUACACACGCAGUGGUGGACGAGUACGGGGAGCCGGCACAGGACGUACUGAGCUGGGGAGAUGCACUGGAGGCCUGGUGCAUGGAGCCGGCACAGGUUGCACCGGGCUGGUGACACUCUUCAGGGCGAGUGCGGGGAGCCGGCACAGGACGUACCAGCCUAGGAAGGCGCACUGGAGGCUUGGAGCCGGCACAGGUUGCACCGAACUGAUGACACGCUCUUCAGGGCGAGUGCAGGGAGCCGGCACAGGCCGUACCGGGCUGGGGAGGCGCACUGGAGGCCUGGUGCGUGGAGCCAGCAUAGGUUUCACCGGACUGAUGACAUGCUCUUCAGGGCGAGUGUGGGGAGCCGGCACAGGACGUACUGGGCUGGGAAGGCGCACUGGAGGCCUGGUGCGUGGAGCCGGCACAGGUUGUACCGGACUGAUGACAUGCUCUUCAAAACGGCUGCGCUGCAGCAUACUCCUAGCCAACAUCUCUCUCCGAUAUCCCUCCUCAAACUGCUCUAUCGACUCCCAGACGGUCUCUUGCUCUCUCCUCGACUCAGCCGACCGCCCCUUGUGCCCCAUCCCAAAAAAGAAAACUUGGGGUUGCCCUUGGGCUGUUUGUGGCCGCGGACCCCGGUGUCCUCGCUCUCCUCCUUUACUCCUCAGCAACUCCCGCCAAGGGAGGGUCUCGCAUCCACCUAGUAUCUCUUCCCAUGACCAACUCUCCUUCACCUCCUGGGCACGCUGCUUGGUCCUGACUUGGUGGGAUAUUCUGUCACGACCGUCGUAUGAACAAUUGGACCAAGGCGCAGCGUGAGUAGAGUUCCACAUUUUAAUGAUAGUGAAACUUCCAAAACAACAAAGAUAUAACGAUCGUGAAAUACAUAGCGCACAUAGGCACUCAUACAAAACAAUAUCCCACAUCGCAGGUGUACACUAAGUAUGAUACCCAAUUAGAGGUAACGAUCAUUAGCUGCCUCCAAUUGGGAACCAUACACACACACCAACAUAGAAAUAUAAUAGCUAGAAACCCCCCUAGUCCCGCCCUGACCUAAAACACCAUAGAGAACCCUGAGGUUCCCGACAUACAUCUACGAGAGGUUUCAUGAAAACAUAAUUUUUUUAGGUCAACCGCAUAACGUGUUAAACGUCAGAAAGUACAUUGAGAGCCCCACAAAAUGCAGUUUCUGGUAACCACUGGGAACGUAACUUUCAUCAGUGGGUACCUGCAGUAGCAAUAAGGUACGUAACAGUAUGCACGUUCAGGGAAGUUUCAAGGACGUCUCUUAUAACGUUACUAACGUCAUUUAGCUAUUUAAGAUCCAUGACAUUUUAACGUCAUGAAAAGACUUGGGA